AUGCUCUCAACCACCUCUCAGAUUGACAAAGAUAAUGAUAGUGGUGAUGAAUCGGAAGGCUCCUCCGAAUUAUUUAAAGGCUACAUUAAAAUUGAUUCAUCUAACAAACAUUGGGAUAUGGAUCAAAAGCAAACUAAACUAUUCAAGAAGGUCAAAUGGGUCGCCACAGAAAAGGUUCAUGGAGCUAAUUUCUGCUUUUUUAUGAAUGAAGAUUUGGGUGGAAAUAUUCAUAUUGAAUGUGCAAAGAGGAAAUCAAUUUUAAGUGAAAAUGAUCAAUUCUUUUAUUUUCAAAAAUUGAAAGAGAGAUUAACAAGUAAAUUGGAAAAUAUAUUCAGAAUGGUCAAGACAAAUUAUCCAGAUCUGAUUCAUGUUUAUUUAUUUGGUGAAAUAUUUGGUGGAUUUUAUCCAAAUAUGCCAAAACUAGAAGGAAUUGAACAACCAGUUCAAACAGGUAUAUGGUAUACAAAUGAUAUUGAAUUUUAUGCAUUUGAUAUUGCAAUUCAAAAGAGUGAUUUGAUUCAAAUUUAUUUAGAUUACGAAGUAACAUUGGAAAUAUUCUCAAAAAGUCAACUUUUAUAUGCAGAACCUUUAUUAAUUGCAAGUUAUGAAGAAUGUAUGGAUAUGGAUGUUAAAUUUGACUCGAAACUUCCUAAAAAAUUAGGAAUGCCAUCACUUAAUGAAUCAAAUUAUGCUGAAGGUGUUGUGAUAAAACCAAUGAAAGAAAUUAACAUUUCUAAAAAAGGAAAAUUAGAACGAGCAAUAAUCAAGAGGAAAAUUCAAGAAUUUUCAGAAAAGAAAUAUGAACAAGCUGUUAAAUGGUCAACUCCAACCUCCAAUUCAUCAUCAAAUUCCAUUGAUGAAUUAGAAGUUAUCAAAUAUGAAGCAUUGGCUUGCAUUACAGAAAAUCGAUUGAAUAAUGCAAUUUCUAAAAUUGGAAAUAUCGACACCAAAAACAAAGUACAAAUGAAUCAACUACUCCAGGCCUAUAUUCAAGAUGUAUUUGAUGAAUUGAAUGAAUCAGGAUUUCAAAUAUCCUCUUCACAAAAAUCACAACUUGAAGAAGUAAUUACUUUGGAAUCAAAAAAGAUUAUUUUCCAAUAUUUUAAAAAACUUCAAUCCAAGUAA